AUGGCUUCUGCGCAAAUGAUGAAAGAGAUUGUGGACAGGCUGAACAAGCCUCCCUUUUCUCUGAACACCAGCAUCUUGGCAUUUGAUCAGGAAAACCCACAGGGCCUCCUAGAAAUCUUGAACAGCGUGCUGGCAUACAUAGAUCCGGAGGGGCACCAACAGGAUCUCCGAGGAGAAAAUGCGGAAUCACUAUGCUUAAGGGCCGCCGAAUCCAUUCGCGUACUUGGCUACAAUUCUUCAUUUGAGGGAGCCUCCUUGGCGAAGUUCCUUGAGAGCAUCGAGGUUCCCGCUGAGUUUCUCGAGGGCGACAGCCAGCUGGCAGAGGAGUACCGCGAGUACAAGGAAUUGCAGGAGAACUUCAGGCAAACCCAUUUCUCCCUGGAACGACUUGGAGAUGUCAGCGGGUGCUUCCGCGGCUUUAAGCAAGAGAUUCAACGACUAGAGAGAGAGAAGCUUUUGCUCUGCGAAAAAAUCGAAAAACUGAGGCAGAUAGCAAACGCAGAGGGGCAUCUUGUCCGCUUCCUGUGUGUCGCACGGGACCUGCGUAUGGCGCAAGAAGAAGAGACGACUCUAUCCCUCAGAUCUCAGCAGCAGAGCGAGUACUUCAACUACCUGUCAGACCAGCUGGACACGACGCGACGGCAACUGCAAGUCAUGCAAGGCAUGGACGCCGACGCUCAGCAGGGCGCUGCAGACUUCUUGGAUGUGCUCCGAGACGAGGAAAGAAGAGCGAAAAACACCUUGGGCUCCUGCAUGCAAGAACUGGAGCAGAAACGAAGACGCCUCAAUUUGCUCGACGAAACGGAGAAAAAGCUGAAGGUCUACGUGCAGCAAAUGGAGCUGCUCGACGAGAAGAAGAAGGCGCAGGAAGAAGACCUCCGCAGUGCUUUGGCUGCGCAGCAUGAUGCCACCUUGAGAUGUUCUGCCGCUGAAAAUGAGUUCAAGGCCGACCGAGGCUACAACUUCAUGAGCACAGAGGAGUUCGCCACGUAUGCAGAAAUGCUCCGGCAGAAGACAAACCUAUACAAGACACUGAAACUGAAGGAAUCAGAGGCCGACGCAGCGAACGCGAAUAUGCCGCCACAAAGUAACUCAGCCCCGCAUGCAGCCAGCUGCCGUCCCCGUCUGUUUAGCAAGCAGCACAUGUUUUUCCUGUGCGUCUGGCUGGCGCUGCAUCGGAGAAAAGCUGACGUUCUCUGCCGCGUGAGCGAGCUUCGCUGCAAGAUCCAGCAAGCGAAGCAGAAAACUCGAGGCGACCUGGGGUGCCUGCUGGAGCAUUUGGACCAGGCCAAGAAGGAGGAAGCGGAACUGACAACUGUGUACGAGUCUAAAAAGAAAGAGUACCUCAGCCUGGAAUCAGAACUCCAGAAACCGCUCGAGAGCGUGCGAGCUACGAUCGCUGAUCUUCAGGCUAAAGUCGACGCCCUGGCUUCUGAGAAAGAACACAGCAGGGUGGAAUGCAGGAGAGCGGAACGGCUGCUAGAAGUGGCUGCGAAGGAGCAAAGAUGCGCUCAAGGCGAAGAGAAAUACAGCGCGCAGCAUGCGACGUUCUCUGCCCACCUUAGGGCUUCGGUCAGUCUGCGCCCACGCGCCGCAUCGCGUGUCCGAGGUCUGCAGCGCCAGACUGGUUUGUGGCGCGAGAAAAUUGCUCAGGAAGUUUAG